AUGAAGGGAGGUCGAAAAAGAAUCAGAAAGCCUGCUUUGGAACUGGAAACUGAUGGAGAUGGGAUGCUGUUGCUUCCAGACAUCACUGAAAUGAAACUCGAGGAGAAGAAGGCCAUAGUGAGGGCAUUUCUUACAUUGCACUAUCGGAUCUGUUCCAGGAGUGACAAGGCAGUUGUGCCAUGGAGCACCAUCAUACAAAGUCAGGAUGACUUUGUGGCAAGGAAGUAUGUUCCAGCAGAUGUGGACUUGAAGGAGCCUUCCAAGUUGCAAAAUUGGGACACUAUGGCCUUACUCAAUUUCUGGCAUGCUCAGCAGGAGAAAGGCAAAGGACCAACAUUCCUGUUCAAAGCAUGA